AUGGAGAGCCUGCAGCUUUCACAGGUCUUGGCCGACUUGAGCAAUCUCGGCGCAGCUGAGCCUGCGGCCGCCGCUGCCAUUGUCAAUGCCAACAUCCCCAGUAUCCAGACCCAGCUUAUCAAAGACGACUCCCAUACGCCUUCCCAGCAACAGCAGAGGCCAUCAUCUGGCCUGAGGCGGGCAUGGUCGUCCGAAGCGGGCUCGCAGCCCAAAUUCGACAAGAUGGGUCGGCGCAUUCUCAUCAGUUCACCAAAGUCUGGUUCAGCCGCCAACUCUAUACCCGGCACGCCUCAACCUUCUAAUUACGAUAACGACCUUGAGCAAGCUAAUAUGCUCAUGGCCCUCUACGAUAUUCGCUCCAAACUCAAGCAACAGGACAAUAGCAGCCUCAUGCGAGCGCGCGAAAAGAUCAAUGCCCUAGCUGCACGCCAGCAAGCCCAACAAUUUGCCGAACUCAACAUGAAAAAGGCCGACGAGAUGCGACGAAACCGCUAUUCUUUCCCCAAGGUUUAA